UCUUCUCAUAUUCUCAUCUCACUUGCUUCUCAGGGUGAAAUCUGCCUCUGUACCAGUAGAAUCUUUGUCCAAAGGAGCAUUUAUGAGGAAUUUUUAGCAAGAUUUGUGGAAGCCAUAAAAAAGUGGAAAGUUGGUCCUCCUUCUGAUGCUACAAGCAGCAUGGGAGCCCUGAUUAGCAAGACCCAUUUAGAGAAAGUUAGAAAUUACAUAAAGAAGGCUUAUGUUGAUGGGGCAAGAAUUCUGUGUGGAGAGGGUGUGGAUAAUUUGGAUCUCCCACCCAGAAACAAAGGGGGCUAUUUCAUGCUUCCCACUGUGAUCACUGACAUUAAGGAUGAAUCUUGUUGCAUGAAGGAAGAGAUAUUUGGCCCUGUUGCUUGUGUUGUUCCUUUUGAUACCGAAGAGGAAGUGAUUGAAAGAGCUAAUAAUGUGAAGUAUGGCCUCGCAGCAACUGUGUGGUCUAACAAUGUUGGAAGAGUCUGGCGAGUAUCUAAGAGAUUGCAGUCAGGAUUGGUCUGGAGUAACUGCUGGCUCAUCAGGGACCUGAACCUUCCUUUUGGUGGAAUGAAAGCUUCAGGAAUUGGUAGAGAGGGAGCAAAGGACUCAUAUGAUUUCUUUACUGAAGUGAAAACAAUUACUGUUAAAUAUUGAUUUUUACUUAUGAAAAAAUUAUGAUGAAUGUCUUUUAAUAGUGUGAUUAGCAUAUAGUUGUGAAUAGAAAUAAUAAAAUGAAUGAGGAUUAAGAAAGUUACAGAAAGUAAAUGGACGAUUUUGAUUUAUUAAAAUUAUACAUCUGUUGCACAAACAAAACCAAUGCAGCUAAAAUUAAAAAGGAAGCAGGUAAAUGGGUGGGGAGAAUUUUUGCAUUGAGUAUCUCUGACAAAGGUGUCAUUUUUAAGAUAUAUAGGGAAUUGAUUCAAAUUUAUUAGAAGGAAGGCCAUUAUCCAAUUGAUAAGUAGUUAGAGGACAUGAACAGGUUCUUUUAAGAAGAAGAAAUUCAAUCUACCAAUAGUAAUAUGAAAAGACUGUCCACAUCAUUAAUAAGAUGUUUUGAAGAUUUGCCUCAUAUUCAUCAGAUUUGCAGAGUUGACACAAAAAAGGAAAAUGAUGAAUGUUGGAAUUUGGGAAGAUAGGUCCAUUAAUGCCCUGCUGGUAGAGCCGUGAAUUGGUCAAGUCAUAUUAGAAAGCAAUUUGGAACAAUGCUGUGAAAGUUAAACUAAGCUGUAACUUUGAUCAUGAUGAAGUCUAAAAUCCAAAGAGUCCAAAAUAAAAAAGAAUCUAUACGUACAAAAAUUCUUAAGGAAACUAAGGGAAUGGCUAAACAAAUUAUGGCUUAGGAAUGUAAUGGAAUACUUUUGUGUUUUAACAAAUGAUAAAGAAGAUAUGUAUGAACUAACCAAAACACUCUGCAAUAACAAUAUUAAAAAAUAUAAGACAAAAAACUCUAAAA